ACUCACCUUUUACUCCAAGAUGCAGGAAGCCCCAGAGAGCACCAGCAGUGCCAGCACCAGCAGUGCCAGCAGCUCCUUCUCCAGCCAUGCCCCCCCAGCCAGCAUCAAGGAGGAAGAUGCCAGCCCUGAGAAGGAGCGGCCCCCAGAGGCUGAGUACAUCAACUCCCGCUGCGUGCUCUUCACCUACUUCCAAGGGGACAUCAGUGCUGUGGUGGAUGAGCACUUCAGCCGAGCCCUGAGCCAGCCCAGCAGCUACUCACCCAGCAGCACCAAGGCCUCCAGGAGCGCCAGUUCAUGGCGGGAUGGCUCCUUCCCGAUGAGCCAGCGCAGCUUCCCACCCUCCUUCUGGAACAGCGCCUACCAGGCAUCCGCCUCACUGAGCAGCAGCCUGGGCAGUCCCCUGGCCACUGCACACAGUGAGCUGCCCUUCGCUUCAGCCGACCCCUACGCACCCACUGCCCUACACGGCCACCUGCACCAGGGCAGCACUGAGCCAUGGCACCCAGCGCACCACCACCACCACCACCACCACCACCACCCUUACCUGGGCACACAGGGCUCUGCUUACCCACGCCCUGCCGCAGUCCACGACGUCUAUGGCCCCCACUUUGACCCCCGCUACAGCUCCUUGCUGGUGCCCACUGCCUCUGUACGCCCUCCCCGGCUCACGCCAGCCCCCGGAAGCCCCCAGUGCGAGCUGGGCAAGGGUGAGCCUGCUGCCCCGACGGCCUGGACCACGCCUGCGCCCUUCCCCAGCCCCGCGGGGGAUAUGGCCCAGAGCAUCAGCCUCAAUGUGGACACAGGUUUGCAGCCCCAGGAUAAAAGCAAGGAUCUGUACUGGUUUUAGAGCUGUCUUCACCUCCUCUCCCCCUGGGCUCUUCCCUGUAUAUCUCUGCCUAGUAGAGUUGGUGACAUUCACAGAUGAAAUCAAGUCGGUUUGUAACAGCUUCUGAUCUUGGUUUGCAGCUUGCCGUUAUGCCUUCUGUGGUGGAUCCCUCCUGAGCUGAUCUGCUGAUUCAAAGAUCCCCAGAGAGAGCCCCACUUCCCCCUUCCCUGCAGACCAGCCCACCACGACUCAGCAUCUAUGCCAAGCAAAGACAUGUUCAAAGCCAAGAUCAUGGGAGAGAAAAGCAAAGGAACUUCAAACUACUUGGCAUUGCAAGGACAGCACAGACUUUUUGUGGAAGCCGGGGUUCCUUCUGUUAGAAGAGGAGAGCCAAAGACGCUGACUUUUAUUUAAACUAACUCUGCACCCUGAACUGUGUUUUAAAACAGGCAAAUGUCAUGGAUGGUCUUCUUAAGGCCAGGAUGACAUUUUUUUUUGGUGGUGUUGUGAAUAUUUUUUUUUAUGCCAAUGAGAAUUAUUUCUUGAAAGCAGCGUGGGGAGAUAUCGAGCAAUUUUGAACUGGAUUUUUACUUUACAUCAUAGAACUGUAAAAGGAAAGGACAUUUUAAUUCAUUAACAUUUUGGGACUGUCAACAAAACUGGUCAAAUCUGUCAGCCUGUGGUUAUGAGUGGCAAGUGACUAGCUUGGCCCACCUGCCCUGGGUUUAUAGAAAUGCAGCUGUUCCAGGGACAACUGUUCAAACUCCAGAAACAUGACAACCCAAGGUGGCACUUCUCAGAGUUUGGCACAGCAUUUGCAUUGGAUAUAUAUAAUUUUUUUUACAAGAAACAUUUUAUGGUGAAAGAAGAAACCCUUCAAAAAAAGGAGGGAAACAAAACCAAAACCAAAACAAAAAAAGCUGACAGCCAUUAUGGGGAACAACUGGAGAACACCAGAAGGAAAGGCAUGUUAUGGACGACUGAUCUCAAUUGCCUCUAAUAUUUCUCUUUGUCUGUGUGUUGCUGUCGUUUGGUCACUUUAGUGGUAUUUCUUUUUUUGUUUUUUUGGAGGGGGGAGUAAGAGAUGUAUUUAAUUGUAGGAAAGCUGCAUUAAAGAUGUCUCCUUCUUUCACCCUUUGUGUGCUUUUGUGAAAAAUUAAAGUUAAAUAGUUUGGGAGGAAUUUCAGGGUGUGGAUAGGGAAAAAUACCUGUAAUGUGGACAAAACAAACUAUUUUAUUACUUUGCAUUAAAACUAAAAAUAAAUCUG